AUGCCUAGACUCAGUGUAUUCACUCUACUCCUUCUCGCUUGCUCUGUCGUUGCAAUCCCCGAGUCACAAGCAAAACGAACUACGAUCUGUUCAAGCUGGUGUGGAGCCAACACCCCGCUUUUCGGGGUAGAUUGCAUCUUGCAGUCCAUCAAGCAGAAGGGACCUUGCUAUGAGUGCGGCCCUGCGGCUAAAACACCGCUUACCAAGGAGCCAUGCGGUGGCAAGUGCAUAGAAAAGUGUAAGGGAGGAAAGAAGUGCCAGAACAAGGAAUGUCAAUGCCCUUAUGAAAAACCAAAAGAUUGCAACGGAGAGUGCAAGAAAUUUGGCACGGAUACAGACUGCUCAGGAUGCGGAGACAAGUGCUACGUCGACAAAGGAGAAAAGUGCAUGGGUGGUGGAUGCAAAUGCCCUGACGGAAAGAAAGCCGACUUUACGAAGGACGUUGACAAUUGCGGCAAGUGCGGCAAGAUGUGCAAGAAAGGAGAGAUAUGCGAGCAUGGGGAGUGCAAGUGCCCUGCCGACAAGCCCGUGUUCUGCGGCGAUAAAUGCAAGCCCUGGAAGGACUUCAAGGAGGAUAACUACAACUGCGGAACUUGCGGAAACAAGUGCGAGGGUGGGAAGACAUGCAAGAACGGCAAGUGCGAAUGCCCUGCCGAAAAGCCCGUAUUCUGCGAAAAAGAUUGGAAAUGCAAGAAACUUGGUACGGAUUCGGACUGCUCUUCAUGUGGAAACAAGUGCGAGGGUGGGAAGACGUGUAAGAACGGGAAAUGCGAAUGCCCUUAUGGGACCUAUGAGUGCAAGGGAAUCUGCAAGCCCUCGAAGGACUUCAAGGAGGAUCCUUACAACUGUGGAUCAUGCGGAAAGACAUGCGACAAAACGGCUGGAGAGGUAUGCAAGGACGGAGGUUGUAAGUGUCCUAAAGGAGAUAAACCCGACUUUAAGAAGGACAACAAGAACUGUGGAAAAUGCGAGACCAAGUGCAAAGUUGAGAAGGGAGAAACAUGCAAGGACGGAAAGUGCGAAUGCGCUCAUGGUAAAAAGAGCGACGGAUCCUGCAAGCAGCCAAAACCAAAGAGCUAG